AUGAGGACGUGGGCUUGGCUUGUUCUCUCCCUCUGCUGGGAACGCUUGCAAACAGCGCCUGCUGCUGGUAUAACCCUGGCUCCCUCCUCUGCACCGGUGACGCCCACUGAAGACGAGAGCACCCACUUGGUGGAUUGGCUAAUGAGGUAUGGCUAUCUCCCAACUUCUGACCCCUCCACCGGACAGCUACAGGCCUGGACAGCUGUCACUCAUGCUAUCAGGUCUAUGCAGAGGUUUGCAGGCCUCAAAGAGACUGGAGUUGUAGAUGAAGAGACAAUGGCUCUGAUGAAGACUCCUCGCUGCUCCUUGCCUGACCAGGAGGAGCCAUCCAGACCGCUGGUCGAUCAGGGGGGAAGCAGCUUGAGGAGGAGGAGGAGGAGGAGGGCUGCCUCCAUGUGGGCCCGGCGGAACAUCAACUGGAGGUUACAUUCAUACCCCUCUUCUUCCCAUCUGUCCCGAGAGACAGUUCGCUCACUUGUCUUCUAUGCCUUAAGAGUGUGGGCAGAGCCGACUCCUCUAGAGUUCCAUGAGGUAGGCAAUCCAGAGGCAGCUGACUUGCAGGUAGACUUCCUCCAUGGUUACCAUGGCGAUGGCUAUCCCUUCGAUGGGGUAGGUGGUGCAGUUGGCCACGCCUUCUUCCCAUCGGACACCACUCGGGCUGGGGAGGUUCACCUGGAUGCAGAGGAGGAGUGGGCCUUCAGACAACCAGCCUCUGAGGGCACAGACCUGUUCACAGUGCUGGUCCAUGAGUUUGGCCAUGCCCUGGGCCUGGCCCACUCCUCAAACCGCCGCUCAGUGAUGAGACCAUACUACCAGGGCCCAGCUGGGGAUCCCCUCCAUUACCGCUUGGGACCUCAAGAUCUGGAUCACAUCACCCAGCUCUACGGAAAGAUAAACCAGCUGCUACCCACCAACGCUCCUCGUCUGGCCCCAGAGCCUCAGUUGCGCCACAGAGGCCAUGUCCAUCAACACAGAUAUGAACCCUCCAUAGAUCGCUGUCACAGCAGUUUUGAUGCUGUGGCCAAGAUCAGAGGAGAAACGUUCUUCUUCAAAGGUUUGACAAUGUGGCGGGUCGGUGCAGGGGGCUUGGUGUCGGCCAGAGGAGCUUCAGUCAGAAGACUGUGGCGAGCUCUACCGCCGGACCUGCCUCAUCUUCAGGCGGUGCUUGAAAGACAGGUGGACCAUGCCAUCAUCUUCAUCAGCAGUUCACAGUUUUGGCUGUUCCGGGACCUUACCCUCCAGGAAGGCUACCCCAGACCCCUCUCUGAGCUCAGGAUGGGGCAGAGCUUGGUGGGAGCAGGUGAUGAAGAGGUAGCUAGUAGGUGGAGCCUGGUCUGGGACCCGGAGGAGGGCCCCGUAUGGGGUGAGAUGGGAGACACUGAGGAGGAGCAACAUGUCAACAUGUGGACCAAGCUACUAAAAGAAGGAGUUAACGGAAUCACCACAAACACAGAUGGCUCUAUCUAUCUCUUCAAAGGGGAUUACUAUUGGAAGUUCCCCUCUCCAGGCUCGCGCCCUGAAAAUGGAUAUCCUCGAUCCUCAGCCACUGAUUGGCUGGACUGCCCUGUGGCCUCCUCAUCCUCACCUGCUGUGGACAACCUCUCCCUGUCUUUGUCUCCAGCCACAGGAAGGCAGGAGCUCCAAGAGAGAUGGAGGGAGGAGAGAGAAAGAGAGGAAGUGGGAGGAACGAGUAAGGACCAUGUGAGGGACACACAUGGAAGCAGAGAGAAUAAGGGGCCACACAUCUGGUCACAUUGCACCUGCCACAGUGGGGCAGCAGACAGCAGGAAAAGAUCCUUUACUGCUGCCUUGGUGCUUGCUACAUGGAUACUGAUGGCUAUUUUAAAGCUGCUAGGCCAGAUUGUUAUGUAA